AUGGUUGAAAAACAGUUUAGCAAGGACAAUUGGGUCAUCCAAUGGGUCCAAUCGAUAUUGAUGAUUACUAUCUUUAUUACGAUAUUUGGUGCUGCGAUUUCGUCAAGACUUUUCUCCGUUAUUAAAUUCGAAUCUAUUAUUCAUGAAUUCGAUCCAUGGUUCAAUUUCAGAGCCACUAAAUAUUUGGUAGAGAACAAUUUCAAAGAUUUCUUGAAUUGGUUCGAUGAUAGAACAUGGUACCCACUAGGAAGAGUUACAGGUGGUACUUUGUACCCGGGUUUGAUGACUACAAGUGCCGCCAUAUGGCAUCUGUUUAGAAAGAUUGGUCUACCAAUUGACAUCAGAAAUAUCUGUGUCUUGUUUGCUCCUGGUUUUGCGGGCUUCACAGCUUGGGCCACUUAUGAAUUCACAAAAGAAAUCAAGGACUCCAGAGCAGGUCUGUUUGCUGCUGCAUUCAUGGCGAUUGUUCCUGGUUACAUCUCCAGAUCCGUCGCUGGCGCAUACGAUAAUGAAGCUAUUGCUAUUACGUUGUUAAUGGUCACCUUCAUGUUCUGGAUUAAAGCCGCCAAGACUGGUUCCAUCCUUUACUCUGCCCUCACCGCAGUUUUCUACUUUUACAUGGUCUCAGCUUGGGGUGGUUACGUUUUCAUCACUAAUUUGAUUCCACUACAUAUUUUCAUUUUGAUCCUCAUGGGCCGUUACAAUAACCGUCUAUAUAGUGCAUACACUACUUGGUAUGCUAUUGGUACUUUGGCGUCUAUGCAAAUCCCAUUCGUUGGUUUCCUCCCAAUCAGAUCAAAUGAUCAUAUGGCUGCUCUAGGUGUCUUUGGUUUGAUUCAAAUUGUAGCUUUUGGUAAUUUUGUCAAAUCUCAAGUUUCUUCAAAUAAAUUUAGAGCAAUAAUGAUCGUCUCAAUGAUCAUUAUUUUAUCUGUUGGUGUUAUCGGUUUAUUCACUUUAACCUAUUUUGGUUUCAUCGCUCCAUGGACUGGUAGAUUUUACUCUCUGUGGGAUACAAAUUACGCAAAGAUCCAUAUUCCAAUCAUUGCCUCUGUUUCAGAACAUCAACCUGUCGCAUGGCCAGCUUUCUUCUUUGACACUCAUUUCCUAAUCUGGUUAUUCCCAGCUGGUGUCUUUUUGUUAUUCUUAGACCUAAAGGAUGAACAUGUCUUUGUCAUUGCUUACGCCGUUCUAUGUUCGUACUUCACAGGUGUUAUGAUUAGAUUAAUGUUGACUUUAACUCCAAUUAUUUGUGUUUGCGCCGCUGUUGCUUUAUCAAAGAUUUUCGAUAUUUAUCUAAACUUCUCUGAUGAUUCAAUUAGAGACAAAACUACUGGUCAACUAAAGUUGGGCACUAUUGCAACUCAUUUUAUCGUUUCUGGUACAUUCAUUUUCUAUCUUUUCCUAUUUGUUUUACAUUGUACUUGGGUUACCAGAAAUGCUUAUUCUUCUCCAUCCGUUGUGUUACCAUCAACAACGAGAUCUGGUGAACCUGCAUUAAUCGAUGACUUCCGUGAAGCUUACUAUUGGCUAAGAAUGAACACAGACGAAGACGCUAAAGUUGCGGCCUGGUGGGACUACGGUUAUCAAAUUGGUGGAAUGGCUGAUAGAACUACUCUAGUAGAUAACAAUACUUGGAAUAACACACAUAUUGCUAUCGUUGGUAAAGCUCUAGCAUCUCCAGAGGAAAAAUCGUAUAAGCUAUUAAAAGAACAUGACGUUGAUUAUGUUUUAGUUGUAUUUGGUGGUUUAUUAGGUUUCUCAGGUGAUGACUUGAAUAAAUUCUUAUGGAUGAUUAGAAUUGCAGAAGGUAUCUGGCCAGAUGAAGUUAGUGAACAUUCCUUUUACAACGACAAUAAUGAUUAUCGUGUCGAUUCCACAGCUUCUAAAGCUAUGAGAGAAAGUGUGAUGUAUAAGAUGAGUUUCCAAGGCUUCACUGACAUUAUGGGCCAUGGUACCGGUCAAGAUAAAGUACGUGGCCAAACUUUACAAGAAGGAGACGUCUUACCAUUAGAUUAUUUCGAAGAAGCCUUUACUUCCGAAAAUUGGUUAGUGAGACUUUAUAAAUUAAAGGACUUAGAUGCCGAAGGUAGAGAUUUACAUGAAGCUAGUGAAUUCGAAAGAGCAAAUACAAAAGCUUUGAAGAGAAAGGCUUCAAAGAAACCUGAUCUAGAUUUAAGAAUUUGA